AAAUAUUCCAACGGCGUACCUAUCGGCUGCCAAUCUCUCUGUGAAGGUUGAAGGACAGCUCCUUUUUCUCUCUUAGACUCAAAGAGAGAAAGAGAUCUCUUCUUCCCCAAACCAGCUAUCGUAGGUGAAAAAUGGGGCUGUCUUUCACGAAGCUUUUCAGCCGGCUCUUUGCCAAGAAAGAGAUGCGUAUACUUAUGGUGGGUCUUGAUGCCGCUGGUAAGACUACCAUUCUCUACAAGCUCAAGCUGGGCGAGAUCGUAACCACCAUUCCAACCAUCGGAUUCAAUGUGGAGACCGUGGAAUACAAGAACAUUAGCUUUACGGUCUGGGAUGUUGGUGGCCAGGACAAGAUCCGUCCUUUGUGGAGACAUUACUUCCAGAACACACAGGGAUUAAUCUUUGUUGUUGACAGCAAUGACCGAGACCGUGUUGUUGAAGCUAGGGAUGAGUUGCACAGAAUGUUGAAUGAGGAUGAGCUAAGGGAUGCCGUGCUGCUGGUAUUUGCAAACAAGCAAGAUCUUCCUAAUGCCAUGAAUGCUGCAGAGAUAACCGAUAAGCUCGGUCUCCACUCACUCCGUCAACGUCACUGGUAUAUCCAGAGCACAUGUGCCACCUCCGGUGAAGGGUUGUAUGAGGGUCUUGACUGGCUUUCAAACAACAUUGCCAACAAGGCCUAGAUGAUUAUUCGCAUUUGUGUUGGAAAAUGUGCCGGUUUGCAAGAUGAUGAUAUUGUUCCUGGUCUUCUGUAGUUGCGAUCCUGUUAAAGUGCUUGCCUUACCGUGUUUCUGCUUUCUUUUGCGGACACUGACGUUCGUUACUCGAUAGUUUCAGAAUAAUUCAUAAAUUUCUUUUGACUGUUUCUGUUAGAUCAAUAGAAAAUUUCCUUGUUAUUUCUUGAAAUUAAAUUGAGACCCGUUUUAUAUUAUAAUUACUCUAUUUUUUUUCCCCCAUA